ACGUCAGACUCACAGGAGUUAUCAGAGAGCAGAGAGGACAGCUUCACUUCCUUCUUUCAUUUCAGUCACUCAGAACCAACAAUGCAUCAGGCUCCUAAAAAAUCUACUGCUAAAUCUACUGCUAAAUCUAUUGAUGAACAGCAGCAGCCUGAUCCUGACCAGCCGAGAAAGUGUUUUCUCCCAGGCCUCCCUCUCUAUGAAAGCCCAAAAGAACAAACCGGUGAACAGACGAGAAGAAUACCUGAAAGCAGAGGCUUUCAGAUAUAAUGCUUUCAUGAUUAUCAAGAAAAUGGCGUCGAUGAGUAAAGUUCUUGACCAGAGACAGCCUAGAGAUCCUACUCCUAAGGAGUUAAUGGUUGAGCUUCUUCACAGCAUCUUCGUUUUGGGAAAGAUCAACACACCGCCAGUUACCCCAAAAGAUAUUCUGAGUGAGGAUGCUGAUUUGAUGAAGGAAUGUAAGAGCCUAUUGCCUCUGACUUUUGACCUCUAUUCCUCUGAGAAACCCAGGAGCAUUCCAGUACCCAGGCGGGGGCCAUUUUCAUGUGUGCUCGACAUGGUUGUCCACGACAAUAAAAAAUCUGUUAAACCCCAGACUGGAUUAGAGCAGGAAAAAAACAUCAUGAAAGAUCUGCAAGACCUCAUCAAGAACCUGGAGCCGAAGGAGAAGAAAAAGACGAAGGAGAAUGAAGAUAAGAAGAAGAAUAAAAACCAGAAUAAUAAUAAAAUACUUCUGAAGACAAAGCCUCUAAAGAAGACAAAGCCUCUGGUCUCCACAGCAAUCUGUGUCUCUCAGAGCAAGAAGGAUUCAGGUUCAGGUUCAGAGAGGUUCUACGGAGUCUCCGUGUCCAUUGGUAACCCUAAACAUUACAUCCGUGAAGUCCUGAUUGGUGCUUCCUGUCACAAGUUCUGGCACGAAUAUGUAGCUGACGCAGUGAUGACCUUCUAUCCAGAGCCAGAUAAAAAUAAAUCUCUCAUAAAGACAUAUUUUGAUGGAAAAAUCAAAGUUCCAGGGUGUGUCCGUUGCGAAACGUUUGAUCUCUAUAAAGAAGGAUCAGAGUUAAACGUAAAGCCUCCUUGUCCAUUAUGUUGUGAGUUGUUUGGUUUUAAAAAGGAGGGAGGACGGGAAAACCCCCACGGUAACUGUGACGAAGCUGAAAGUCUGAAAAAAACAAAACCAACAACAAAGAACUACCCCCACGGUAACUGUGCCGAAGCUGAAAGUCUGAGCAACUUGUUUAAAGAGGAUGAAAAAGUUAGAAAAAAAGUACAACCAACAUCUGAUAUGUACACAAAGAAUAGCAGAACGCAGGCUGUAAAGAAUUUCCGUGAAGCUCUUUGGAAUUAUGUGGAGAAGCUUCAGGAAAAUAUUUUCACCUUACCAAAAGAUUUUAAAUGGGGAAACAAUUGAAUAUUAAUUAAUGAGGAGUACCUUUAUCACACAGUGACCAGAUCUCUUUUAAGAUGAUUCUUGAUCAUAAAGCAGAGAUCAGUGUAGAACUGGUUACUGAAGGUGGAGGUCAUGUGAUCCCAGCUGUUAAUAUAUCCUGCUAAUGCUCCAGCUACUUACUACCAUAACUAUAAAGAUAUGAAUGCAUUCAUGGAAAACAUUGUAAACCAGAUGUGUCAACAACACCUCUCUUCCUACUGAACUCUGACUAACAAGAUGAUGAUAUUAAUAAUAAUCCUUCCAUGUGUCUCUGUGUGUGUCCUAUCUGAAGCUGAUGUUCUUCUCUCUGAUUCUGGCUGUUCUCAGUUUUAUCUUCAUGGUUCAAGUCUUAUUACAGUCUCUUCAUAUCUAAUAUAAUAUAAUGUGUCAACUGUUUGAGUAAAGCAUGCAGAAUAUAUAAACCAUAAAUAUAUCAUGUUUACAAUAAAAUGAUGGUGAUGAA